UCAUUGUGUCUCCAUUUAAUGCUUGAACUACGCACGACCUUUCUCACUCUUUCUUCUCAACUCUACUCAGUAAUAGUAGCUCUCUCAGUCUUAAUUUCUCUCUCUUUUGAGUCUGACCCAAAAAUCUCAAAUUCUCAGUCUUUCUUUAAAUCUCUGCAAAAAUCUUAAUUGCUUCACUUGGUUGCUUUUGUGUAUUUAAAACGCAAACCCCACUACCAAAAGAUUUUGGUGCAUUUAUAGUAGUGAGUAAGUCAAAGAUUUCUGGAGAAAUUUAAACGAUCUUACUAUCAUUGUUUCAAGAUGGAUUUUGGUUGGCGAAAGGGGAUUUGUUGCUUGCUCUUGCUUCUUCAGUUUUAAACAUUGAAUUACUUUUUAUUUUCUGUGUGAGAAAAAUGGGAGUUGAGAAAGAAGGUUCGAAAAGUGGAGGAGGUUAUGUAGGCAGUUUUUUUCACCUGUUUGACUGGAGUGCCAAAUCUCGGAAGAAGCUAUUCUCAAGCAAGUCAGAUUUAUCUGAGCUUUCCAUACAGGGAAAGAAAUGUGAUGGGAACAUGCCAAUGACGCGGCUCCAUCUGGUAGAUGACGAUGACACCAGAGCAAGGUCAAGCAUUAAAGGAAGCGAUUAUAGUUGUGCUUCAUCAGUUACAGAUGAAGAAGGGUGUGGAACUAGGGCCCCUGGGGUAGUGGCCAGGCUUAUGGGAUUAGAAUCUUUACCCAAAUCCAACUCGCCUGAGCCCUACUCCACGCCAUAUUUUGAUACUCAGUCUCUUCGAGAUGCUCCUUAUCAGAGGAAAGAUUUUGAUUAUCAUCAUGACCACCAAAUCAUGUAUUCUGGAAAUCUACUGAAUAAGGUGGAUGGCCCUGCCAGGAACUUUGUGGAGUCAAAACCCCUGAAGAUGCUAAACAGGCCAAUUGAGAAGUUUCAAACUGAAGUUUUGCCUCCUAAAUCAGCUAAAUCAAUUCCAAUUACACACCAUAAACUUUUGUCUCCUAUAAAGAGUCCUGGCUUCAUUUCUACAAAGAAUGCUGCUCACAUAAUGGAAGCAGCUGCAAAAAUUAUUGAGCCUGGACCUCAAGCUACUACCAAGACCAAGGUGCCUCUGGUAGGUUCUUCAUCAGUACACUUGACAGUUCGGGAUCUCAAAGAAAAAGUGGAGGCUGCACAGAAAGUGCCUGUGGUUGGGUCUUCUUCAGUAAACAUGAAAGUUCGAGAUCUAAAAGAGAAAGUAGAAGCCACUCAUAAAGCAUCUAGGGUUGCUGAUACUUCUCAAAGGCCAGUUGAGUCUAAUGCUGCCAAGUAUCUAAAGGGACAAUCUAUGAACAAGAGCUGGAAUGGAUCUGUAGAUACGUUGUUCAGGGCUUCUCCUGACAUAGAAGAAGGCUCUUCUGGUUCAAGGAGUAAGUCAAAGUCCAUUUCACUUGCAAUCCAAGCAAAGGUCAAUGUCCAGAGAAGAGAAGGAAUAAAUUCAAGUGCCAGUAGAAAUUUGGUAAGCCAGAAAGAACAGAGUGAGGCUAACAUAAACCAGCCCUUCAAGAGCCAGCCAAUUAUUCAUAAGAAUUUGAAUAAGAAAUCUUCCAUACAUAAUGCUUCAGGAGUUCUAAGGCAGAAUAAUCAGAAACAAAAUUGCCUCAUGGACAACAAAUUGCCCUCCAAACCUUUGGGUUCAAACUUGCAUAGUAGAAAAGUGAUGUCUGGGGAUUCAUCUUUUGGGCGUCACAAAAGUUCAAAUAAAACCGCUGGGAACUCCAGACUUGGGUCCAGAAAGUUAGGCGUAGAGGCAGCUGAUGGUGAUAAAGACACAUAUUCUAGUACAAAGAAUUUCCCUAGGAAGAAGCGAACAAUAGAUAGGGAAUUUCACUUUGAGAAAAAUCAGACUGUUGAUAAUGUGUUGAAUGACAAAAAUCAGAGGCCAGGUCAAUCUAAUCUGGCUAUGGACAGGGACUUUAGUCGGGCUCAAGAUAGCAGAAAGAAAGGCAUGGAUGUUAUUUCUUUUACAUUCACAGCCCCACUGGCACGAUCAAUGCCUGGUUCUGACCCCUCUUGCCAGGCUGCACAGAAAAAUAAUGCUAUUUCCAUGGAUCAUCGAAGUAAAAGAGCGUUGCUUGACUCAGAUAGUAUUAAGUUAUCUUCACUGGGAUACAAUGUGAUAGGGGGUGAUUCAUUGAGUAUGCUUUUGGAACAAAAGUUAAGGGAGUUAACGUAUGGAGUUGAGUCUUCUUCCAGUGACUCCUUGAAUGUAGGGUCAGCUUCUAGUUCUGUGUCAUUUUCCUCCUCUAAUUCUUCUACCUUCAGAUGGAAAAAUAAGUUUCAGGGAGCCGAUGAGAUGGAUGGAUGUAGCAGCAAUCAUAUUGAAGCUGGACCAUUGGUUGGUUGUCGACAUCCUAGUCCAGUCUCUGUUCUUGAGCCUUCCUUUUCAACUGAAAGUUGUGACUCUUCAAAUAGCACAGAUAGUAACAGUUUGGAAGGAAGCAAGUUGUUUUCAUCUGUUCUAGCUCAGGAGGUUCUUGGUUUGAAUUCUUCAAAGAAGUUCAGUUCAGUAGAAGCUGAUACAGAAUUAUCAGAUUCGGCUUCUUCUACAUCGUAUGGAACUAUGGCAGAGAAAUAUGCAAGCAUUUCUAUUUUGACAGGUCGUGUGAGUUCAAUCAAGUGGGAAAUAGAAUAUGUGAAGGAGAUAUUGUUCAAUGUGGAAUUGAUGUUUAAGGACUUUGCAUUGGGUCGGGCCCGUGGGGUCAUAAACCCUUAUCUCUUUGAUCAGUUGGAAAGUCGAAAAAUACAAUGGGAAAGUAAUAGUGGUGAAUCUAGGCUAAGACGGAAGGCAUUAUUUGAUUGUGUGAGUGAAUGCCUGGAUUUGAGAUGCCAGCGAUAUGUGGGUGGGGGUUAUGGAAUGUGGGUGAAAGGUGUAGCAAUGGUGAGAAGAAAGGAGUGGCUAGCAGAAGAAGUGUACAAGGAGAUUUCUGGUUGGAGAGGCAUGGGGGAUUGUAUGGUUGAUGAGCUUGUGGAUAAGGACAUGAGCAGCCAAUAUGGAAGAUGGCUAGACUUUGAAGCUGAUGAAUUUGAACUUGGGAUAGAGAUUGAGGGUGAAAUAUUUGAUUCUUUGGUUUAUGAGGUGGUUGCUGAUAUCUUGCAGCUUUAAUGCAUUAAGCCAUUACUUUUUACUCCUGAUGUAAUUCCCAACGUGUGAAUUUUUUGGGGGGAUACUUUAUUGUCAAAUCGUCAUUAUUCUUCAAUUUAUUGUUUCAUUUUACUGUAUUCAGAUUCAUAAUGUCUCUAUAGAUCCUAAUCAGUGUUCUGCUUCAAAUUACAGCUUCAUUUACCAUGC